AUGUACGAAGGGAUUGACAACCUGAAACCCCUUUAUGACCGUGCCGGGAAGACUUUCUCCGGUGGUCCUUCUGCAGCACAGGAUGUGUCGCGUCGUACUGCUCGACCAGACCCAGUACGUCAAUCAUCAAUUGGGAGCGGGGCUCCCAAGAAUCCCAGGACGGGGGAUAACCGCGCCACCGGACGAGAUAACUCGUCCGACGUCCGUUCUCGUCGCGGUGGUUCAACAGCUGCUCAACUAGAUAGCGCUGGCCACCGCGAGAGUCCUCUAAUGGAGGUGAAGGAGGAGGAAAGACGCUCUCCACACAUUCGUGGGGAUCGGUGUGUUCCCGAGAGCUUCUUUGAUCGCGUAACGCAAGGGUUACGCGGCGAUCUCGAACAUGAGCGGGACAGGCGUCUCCAAAUGGGGGACACUGUCUCGAAGCAUCGAGCUGAGUUUGCCUUUGCUCAGCUUGAGAACGAGAGAUAUCUGACAUCUCUUCGUGGCGAGCUAAGGACCCUUGUCGAUGCCCACCAUCGGGAGCACAAGGCUCUCUACGAGAUGCUUGAGCGCAAGGGUGUUCUUCGUCGGAAGAAGCAGCGUACUGAUGGUACGGCUCAAGCUGACCAACGUAAAACGUGGGAUGCGUUCGCAUCUUACGUGAUUAACCGUAGAGAGUAG